CCACACCAUACGAUAAUACAUGCGAGGCAGAUGCAUAUAGAAAGCAGAUAGACGUACACUAUGAAGCGCAGAAGGAAACUUGUGAUCUUGCGGACGGGGACUCCACAGACCGGAACGAAGCGAUGUGUCUAUGCGACGUUAUGGUUAACAACCUAUGCACCACUGCUACAUUCGCCGAGGCAGUGCAAGGCGCGAACUUCGAAGACGUAAUCGGAUUGACCAAAAGUGUCGAGGUAGUGGCGCCCAUUAUCAUAUCAACCACUCUGACGAUUGUAGGAUUGUCAUGCGGUGAUUCUCAAGGCACCUUGAUUGCUGCCUUCCCGAAGUCCGGAGAGGCAACCUUGCCAGAGGUGGCCAUGUAA